AUGGAAACGACGGAAUCCCGAGCCGACGCCUCCGAUAACCCCAACAAUGGCUCCUCCGGCGACGAUGACACUUCUCUCGAAAUCAGCCAUCCUCCCUCACUCCUAACCCCAACCGUCGCUCCUUCCCUUGCCGGUACGGCGUCAGACAACGUCUUGCCGUACUCAACCCUCCAAACCACCGGUGAGUCUGUUGAACUUAUGGAACCAGCUGCAGUUAACACCGAUGGCCUACCUGCACCUCGAAAACGUCGCCGUCGAAAGAAGCAGUUCCCAGAGAUGAUAUCGAUCGCCGCCGCCGUAGAAGGCCUGGGCGUUAUCCGCCACAAAUCCGGUAACAGAUCAACAGAAGAUAUAGAUGAAUACGAAGACGACGACCCAUCAUCUCGCCGUCGACGGAGAAUAUCAUCAGAUCUCGACGUCGAGGGUCUAAUCGCGAUUUCCGUUGGAUUCCCCGCCGAUUCGCUGACUGAAGAGGAGAUUGAAGCCAACGUCGUCAAAACAAUCGGCGGAACUGAGCAAUCAAACUACAUCGUCGUUCGCAACCACAUUCUCGCCCUGUGGCGCUCAAAUGUUGAUGUUUGGUUAACCAGAGAUCAUGCACUGGAGGCGAUCCGACUCGAACACACAAACCUUGUCGACUCUGCGUACUCGUUUCUCCUUGAACACGGUUACAUCAACUUCGGCGUCGCCGCCGCCGUGAAGGAAGCCAAAUUGAAACCCCCCGAGGGUGUUUCCAGAGGUGAUGUUAUCGUAAUCGGCGCCGGACUCUCUGGAUUAGUAGCAGCAAGACAAUUGAUUUUUCUAGGGUUUAAAGUCGUGGUUCUAGAGGGCAGAUCCCGGCCAGGCGGUCGUGUUCGCACGAAGAAAAUGUCAGGUGGCGAUUGUGUCGCUGCAGCAGAUCUAGGCGGCAGUGUACUCACCGGAAUCAAUGGCAAUCCCCUUGGAGUUCUAGCUCGACAACUAGGGUUUCCUCUUCACAAAGUUAGAGACAUUUGCCCUCUUUAUCUCCCCAAUGGAAGAACUGUAAACCCUGAAAUCGAUUCAAAAGUUGAAGUUUCCUUCAAUAAACUCCUGGAUAGAGUCUGCAAGCUCCGGCAAUCAAUGAUGGAAGAAGCAAAAUCCAUUGACGUUCCAUUAGGUACAGCUCUAGAAGCUUUCCGACAGGUUUACAGAGUAGCAGAAGACCCACAAGAGAAAAUGCUCCUAGAUUGGCACUUAGCUAAUCUAGAAUACGCAAACGCAACAUUAAUGUCAAAUCUCUCCAUGGUUUUCUGGGAUCAAGAUGAUCCGUUUGAAAUGGGUGGUGAUCAUUGCUUCAUUCCAGGAGGAAACGAUCUGUUCAUCAGAGCAUUAUCCGAAAACCUUCCUAUUUUCUACAAUCAAACAGUCGAACGCAUCAAAUAUGGAUCUAAUGGCGUCUCAAUCUCUGCAAACGGACAAGAUUAUCACGCAGAUAUGGUUCUCUGUACAGUUCCAUUAGGCGUGCUAAAGAAGAAAUCAAUCGAAUUCAUCCCCGAUCUUCCUGAAAGAAAGAAAGACGCAAUCGAUAGAUUAGGUUUCGGGUUAUUAAACAAAGUAGCCAUCUUAUUUCCUUACGAUUUCUGGGGAGGCGAGAUUGAUACAUUCGGUCAUCUAUCUGAUAAAUCAAGUAUGAGAGGUGAGUUCUUUUUAUUCUACAGCUACUCAUCUGUCUCCGGUGGGCCACUUCUGGUUGCCCUGGUGGCCGGAGAAGCUGCAAUUGAGUUUGAAAAGAUGUCUCCGGUGGAAUCUGUUACAAGAGUUAUGGAGAUUUUGAAGGGGAUUUUUAAUCCGAAAGGGAUAGCAGUGCCGGACCCACUUCAGGCAAUAUGCACACGGUGGGGCCAGGAUCAGUUUUCUUAUGGAUCUUAUUCUUAUGUUGGAAUUGGUGCUUCUGGAAAUGAUUAUGAUAUACUGGCGGAGAACAUCGGAGGUGGUAGAGUUUUCUUCGCCGGAGAAGCUACUAAUAAACUUUAUCCGGCGACUAUGCAUGGGGCGUUUCUCAGUGGGUUGAGAGAGGCGGCUAAUAUGUCUAGAAUUGAAAAGCGGAGGAGGUUGAAGUUGAAUGAGGGCAAAUAA